AUGUCGUCCUCAAAGUCAGCAUCCUUGAUUGAUGUCACCGUGACAUCCGUUGUAGGUCACGAUCUAACGUCUGAAGACGGAGGCACCGAAUAUGGUGGGCAUGAAGCGCGUCGAAGGCUAGAACGCAGGCUUGUGCGCAAGAUCGACUUGCGCAUGUCGAUCCUAGUGAUCCUGUUUAUCCUGAACAUUAUGGAUCGUACCAAUAUAGCAGCGGCACGACAGCGCGGGUUGGAGACAGAUCUAGGCUUGCAAGGUCAAGAAUACGCUACUCUUCUGUCAAUCCUAUAUGUCGGUUUCAUGAUCAUGCAAGUUCCGUCUAAUAUGUUCCUCAAUCGUCUUGGCAAGCCUUCGAUAUAUCUACCGACGGCUAUGGCCCUCUGGGGCGUGAUCAACAUCUUAACAGGGAUCACCAAAGACUUCGUCGGCGCUCUCCUCGCUCGUUUCUUCCUCGGCUUCGUUGAAGCUGCCUUCUUCCCAGGGACCCUCUUCCUGCUCAGCAAGUGGUACAAGCGCGGCGAACUCGGCGGGCGCAUUGCACUCAUGUUCUACGGGAUCUUCAUAUCCAACGCCUUUGGCGCACUCGUGGCCUCAGGCAUCCUCGAUGGGAUGGACGGCAAGCUCGGACAAGCCGCGUGGCGGUGGCUUUUCUACAUCGAUGGCUCGCUUACCAUCCUCGUGGCCCUCUGCGCCAUGUUCAUCCUCCCCGACUUCCCAUCCACCACGACCUGGCUAAGCGAGGAGGAGCGUAGCCUGGCUAUGAGGCGUAUGGAAGAGGACGCAGGCGUAGGAGACGAAGACGAGACCGAGGAGGGCGGACAUUUGGCCGGGCUGCAACAGGCCUUGCGGGACUGGAAGGUAUGGUGGCUGGCGCUGCUGAUCACUAACUACAACAUCUCUCUGAGCUGCAUGGCGUACUUCCCCACGCUGAGUGCUACAAUGGGAUUCAAGCCGACCGUCACAUUGCUCCUCUGCACGCCGCCGUUUGUGAUUACUCUGAUCGUGGCAUUCGCGGUCUCCAGACAUUCCGACAAGACUGGCGAGAGAUUCCAUCAUAUCACCGUGCCCAUCUUCGGCGGUAUCGUCGGAUCUGUGAUAGCUAUCUGCACGAUGAACACCGCGGCGAGAUACGUUUCCCUCUUCCUGAUGGCUCAAUCCUGUGCGGGUUACGCCGUUCUCUUCACCUGGGUCAGCAACUCCUUUCCUCGGCCGCCAUCCAAACGAGCGGUAGCGUUAGCGCUCGUGAACGCAUUCUCACAGCUGGGUGGCAUAGCUGGCUCGUACGUUUGGCCUAGCGCAUGGGGGCCAACGUACCGCAAGUCUUACGCAAUAUGCAUCUCGACGGCGGGCUGCAUGAUUGUCAUGUGCUACGUGUUCAAGCUGCAUCUCGCCCGCCUGAACAGGGAACUAGACGGAGAGGAAGCCGAGAAGGGUGUCAAGGAGAGGGGCUUCCGCUAUCUACUUUGA